AUGGCGCAGCUCGCUCGGGUGCAGGCCUUGGGCUGCUUGGCCCGCCACUUGCGCUGCUUCUCGGCGGCGGCCUCUGAAGACGUUGUUGAUGAAAUUAUAUCAUACGCCAGAGGCAACUUCAAGACCAACCAGGAGCAGGCAAUCGAUGUGCUCAAGUCGGGGCUGCAGUACAUGACCACCGGACCAGACGCCGGCAGGCUGUACCUGGCGCAAGCAGAGAUCGAGGCGGACAGAAGCCGCUGGCCCGAGGUUGGGGACCUGGCCCGCAAGGCGGCGACGGCGGCCUCCGACGCGCAGCCCAGCUCGCCGUCGCAGGCGCUGGUGAUUGCAGAGGCGGAGCUGCUGGCGGAGUGCGUCAGCGCUCGCGCCUCGCUGGCGCAGGGGCGGGACGCCGACGCGUUCAAGGCGGCGCAGAUGUGCAUGGAGGUGGCUCGCAAGUCCUUCACCGCCACCGGCGCCGAGGACCGGCGGUGGCAGGGCCUGGUGCUGGCCAGCGGCGUGGCGGGCAUGGUGCAGCACGCGGCGGGGGAGUUUGUGUCGGCGGGAGAGAACUUUGGGGCAGUGGUGUCGCUGGCGGGGCACCAAGACCUGCGCAGCGGCGCGGUACCGGAGCGGGACCACCUGAUAUCAGAGGCGCUCAAGCAGGCACGAAGGGGAGACGUGCUGCUGUCCCCGGUGUUCACCGGAGAGGCGCUGGCAGACGCCUGGCUGACCGAGGCGCAGGCCGGCAUAGCAGCGGCAGAGUGGGAGGCGGCGGAGCAGGCGCUGUCCAGCGCGCUGGCGGCGGCCGAGGCGGUGAGCGGCGCGUCGUGCCCCCGCGUGGCGCCCGUGCUGCUGCUGACCGCCUACACCUACUCCCGCACGGGGCGGGUCACGCUGGCAGAGGGGCUGUACCGGGAAGCCGCAAAGAUGCUGCAGCUGGGGCCUGGGUCGGCAGACGCCAUAGAGCUGGCCAUGGUCCACCCCAGCAUGGGCGCCCUGCUGGCCUGGCGCUACUGCCAGCUGCUCACCGCGAUGCCGCGGCGCGGCACAGGCAAGCAGGGCGGCGCUGGGUCUGGGCGGCAGGCGGAGGCGGCUGCCUGGGAGAAGCUGGCGCGGGCACUGCAUGAGGAGGCGCCCAUCGGCGGCCUGGGAUCUGCACCGGAGACCGUCUUUGGGACGCUGGAUGCCCUCACGGGCAAGGGGCAGGCGGGGCGAGGCGUGGUGGUGGACCUCAUGUGCCGCCGCGCCCUGCCCUGCCAGCUAUCACCGAUUGCCGCCGUCAUGGAUGUGGACGGAGAAGAGGGCAUGCACAGCAAGCGCAAGCCGCAAGACGACACCGCAGCGGAUGCCGGCUGGUCAAGGCAGCCCCACGGCAGCAGCGCAGCUGCAGAUCCAGCAUGCGAGCAGCCCACGGCGUCUGGAACGUCCAGCGACAAGCGGCAGAAGCUGGCGGCGGCGGCGGCAGCGGCGGGAGCUGCGGCGCCAGACGACGUCUCCAGCUCCCUUUUGCCCCUCCAUCCCCUCACCUCUGAAGCAGCAGAGCGGCUGCAGCGCCUGGGCUCGCCCGAGCUGGAGGUGGAGGACGAAACGGCGACCUUGGAAGCCAUGCUGGCAGCGCCGCCGCCGCCAGCAGACGCGGCGCAGCGGGAGCAGGGGUCAGCAGGGGCCGGCGGCGGCGAGUGGGGCCACGGAGACGCGUCAGGCCAGCCCGGCAGCCCAACCCUGCUGGCCAGCCAGCUGUCCGACCUGCAUCUGGAGGGCGGCUUGGCCGGCAGCACGGUAGACAGCACACCGAUGGACGCGGAUGCUGAGGCAGAGCUUCCAGCUGUGGCAGGAGCAGCAUCGCCCAGCCCUGGGUCUCCUCAGGCGGCGGCCACAGCGGCAGCCAGCCAGCAGCUGGCGCUGCGGGGGCAGCAGCAGGAGGCGGACCGGGCGGAGGAGGAGCGGCGGGGGCUCGGCGGCGGCGGCGGCGACCCGCUGAUCAGCCACCUGGCGGCGGCGGAUGCCGCUGCUCCCAUCCAGAUGCUUUCCUUGGAUGCCCUGGAUCGCAACCCCCUGCUGCACCAAUUCCAGCAGCAGCGGCUGCAAGCGGUGCGUGCCGAGCAGAUGGCGCGGGCGGUGGCGGCGGCGGCGGUGCUGCACGGGCAGCUGUCCGGCAGGGAGGCGAUGGAAGAGGUGGAGGACGACGAGGAGGUGACGCUCACAUGA